GAUACGUUAAAAUUUUGCAUUCGAACUGAGCUCCAUUAUGUCGAGGGAAAAACGCGGCAACGUUUUCUGCGUCCGUAAUACGAAGGUUAGAAAAUGGCUCAACGCAGUAUAACAUCGUUUUUUACGAAAUCAUCUACGAAGAAGGAUAGUAGUGAUACGAAUAAUUCAAGCAAACCCAGUGAGAAUGGAGAACAAGAUAGCCCGGGUAAUUCUAAACGAAAACGGGAAAUCAAUUCGGAUAGUAGUGAAUCUUCCAGCCCUCCACCUGCAAAGAAGUUGGAAAAUAAUUUUUUAAAAGUGUCACCAAAAACUCCUUUGCCGUCAAGAAAGCUAAAUGGAAAAACACCUAAGAUCAAGUUGUCACCAGGAACACCUAAAGAAAAUGAGAAAAGAAAAGCAAAAACUCCACUUACUGCUUCCAAAAAGAAGAAGAAAAUGGAAAAGGUAAAGUAUAAUCCCAAGAAAAACAGUGAAAAAGAUAAAGAAGAGGACGAGAAGGAGGAGGAGGAAGUGACUCAUAUAAAGGAAGAUUCAAGUUUAGAGGAUGAAACGCAGUCAACUUCUUUAAAAUCUGUAUCAUCAAAGUCUACCUCUGAUAAAUCCAGCAAAACAAAGGCAGAACAGGAUGCUAAAAGAAUUGUCAAGAAGAGAUCAAGAAUAAUAGCACCUGUUGAUGAUUCCAGUGAUGAAGAUAGUCACUUACCAAUGAAGAUACCAUGCAGUCCAAAAGAAGCAACUGUAAGUGGAAAAGAACAGAAAUCACUUGACGAAGAAAAUAAAUCCAAUAACGAAAUUCAGAAGGUUACUGAAAUUAAGAAAGGAAAUGACAUUGAAAAACAAAAAGAACAUAAAGAAAAGCCUGCUGAGAAAAUCCAUAAUUUCUUUGCUCCAAGACAGAAAUCGAGUGCAAAUGACAGCAACGAAGACAAGAAGAAAUCCACGAGUCAUUCUUAUAAUCCUAAUGCCUCUAAUUAUCAUCCCAUAAAGGAUGCAUGUUGGAAAUUGGGUGAAAAGGUACCAUAUAUCGCUUUAACGCGGACAUUGGAGCUGAUAGAGGAAACAAGCGCUCGAUUAAAGAUAAUAGAAAUUCUAUCAAACUACUUUCGUUCUGUUAUAGCUCAAAGUCCAAAUGAUUUGCUUCCAAGCGUAUAUUUAUGUCUCAAUCAGCUGGCACCCGCUUAUGAAGGUAUUGAAUUGGGUGUGGCGGAAACGAAUCUCAUGAAGGCCAUAGCACAAUGUACUGGUAGAACAUUGGCCCAAAUAAAAACUAACGUGCAACAAGUCGGAGACUUGGGCCUUGUCGCGGAGGGAAGUCGUUCGAAUCAAAGAACAAUGUUUCAACCAGCCCAGUUAACAGUAUCAACUGUAUAUGUUAGAUUGAAGGAGAUUGCACAAAUGACUGGCUCUGCGUCUGUAGCCAAGAAAUUGGAUAAAAUUCAGACACUUUUCGUAGCAUGUCGAUUUAGUGAAGCCAGAUAUCUAAUCAGGUCUUUGGCUGGUAAGCUUCGAAUUGGUUUAGCAGAACAAUCUGUGUUACAAGCUUUAGCUUUAGCAUGUACACUGACUCCACCAGAGCAGGGUUCUCCACCAGAAAUUUUAGAUGUAAGCAAAAAGAUGUCUAACGAUUCCUUCAAGAAAAAAUAUGAUGAGACAGCGCUAGUUCUUAAAACAACAUAUUGCGAAUGUUCAAAUUAUGAUAAAAUUAUUCCUGUUCUAUUGGAAGAGGGUAUUAACGAGUUACCUAACAAGUGUAAAAUUACACCUGGUAUACCUAUGAAACCCAUGUUAGCACAUCCCACAAAAGGUGUUCAAGAAGUGUUAACACGUUUCGAAGGAUUGAAGUUUACAUGUGAAUGGAAAUACGAUGGAGAAAGAGCACAGAUCCAUCUGGCUGAAAAUGGCGACAUUAGUAUUUAUAGUAGGAAUCAAGAAAACAACACUAGUAAGUACCCUGAUAUUAUAAGACGGUUCGGCAAUAGAAAAGAAGAAGACGUCAAAUCUUGUAUUCUUGACUGUGAAGCGGUUGCUUGGGAUAACGAGAAACAACAAAUACUUCCGUUUCAAAUACUUAGUACUAGGAAACGUAAGGAUGCAAAUGAAGCAGAUAUUAAAGUACACGUGUGUGUAUUUAUGUUCGACUUGCUGUAUUUAAACGGAGAAUCAUUGGUGCAACAGCCAUUUAUAAAACGUCGUGAGUUGUUGAAGAAAAACUUCACAGAAUUGAAUGGAGAGUGGAAAUUUGCAACUAGUUUAGACACUUCUACGAUGGAAGAGGUUCAGGACUUCUUAGAUGAAUCGGUUAAGGGUAAUUGCGAGGGUCUCAUGGUGAAAACUUUAGAACAAGAUGCGACGUACGAGAUAGCUAAGCGUUCGCGAAAUUGGUUAAAAUUGAAAAAAGAUUACUUGGAUGGUGUGGGUGAUACAUUAGAUGUUGUCGUCGUGGGUGGGUACAUAGGAAAAGGAAAAAGAACAGGAACUUACGGAGGAUUUCUGUUGGCUUGUUAUGAUAAAGAGAAUGAAGAAUAUCAAAGCAUUUGUAAAAUUGGGACGGGAUUCAGCGAAGAGGAUCUUCAGAAGCACACUGAGUACUUCAACGAGCAGAAAAUACCGCAGCCGAAGUCUUACUACCGUUAUGAUUCAUCUCAUGAGCCUGAUCACUGGUUUGAACCCGUUCAAGUGUGGGAAAUUAAAUGUGCGGAUUUAUCUCUGUCACCUGCUCAUAGAGCAGCUAUUGGCAUCGUCGAUCCAGAAAAAGGUAUAUCCCUUCGAUUCCCAAGAUUUAUUCGCAUUCGGGACGAUAAAACCGCGGAAGAUUCCACUUCAGCGCAACAAGUAGCUUCUAUGUACAGUAGUCAAGAACAAAUAAAGAAUCAGACAACAGGAACGAAAGCUACGGAGGAAGACUUCUAUUAA